AUGUCAGUCCUCGAUGAUUUUAUUCGCGCUUCGGAUCGUGUAGUCGAGUUCCAAGCAUACUUUGAGACCCUUCCUGUCGAUAGCCAUUCCCUUCAUACCUUGGAAGUUCAGAAGGAUGAAAUAGUUCGUCUCUGGUCAGAUUUUAGGUCACGUUAUGACGAAAUCUUAAAUAAAUUUAACGAAUUAGAGGAAGAUGUUGAAGUCGCAACACUGAAGUCUCGAUUCUUUUCAACUUUUGAGGCUCAUGUCAGGGUUUUAGCAAAGUCGAAUGAGAUUUUAGAUUCUCUAUGUCGUAGCAAUAGCUCCCCAGCGCCUACAAACCCCGCAACUGUCCCUCCAGUUGAGAAUACCCCCCAUAUUUCGUUGCCUCCGUGUGAUACUGAAGUUUUUCACGGCGAUUAUCAGUCAUGGCCAACAUUUCGCGACAUGUUUACGGCUUUAUACCGAAACAGUACUCGUUUAUCCCCGGUUGAGAAGAUGUGCCAUUUAAUUAAGAAAACGCAAGGUGAGGCCCGUGAACUGUUGAAGACUUGUCCCAUUACCAAUGAAGGUUUCGAAAUGGCUUGGCGUAAUCUGGUCAAUCGCUACGAGAACAAACGGAUUCUUAUCAAUGCACAAUUAAAGAUUUUGUUCAAUAUUUCCCCAGUCGCAAAAGAAACUUCAAGCAACAUAAGGCGCAUUCAACGAACAAUCAACGAUUGUGUAACAAAUCUAUCCCUUUUGAAAAUAGACACCGAGAACUGGGACAUUAUUUUCGUAUACAUUUGUUCCACUUGUUUACCCGAAAAUACCCUCAGCCUAUGGGAACAAUCAUUACCUAACAGCACAGAGUUGCCAACGUGGAAGCAAAUGGACGUUUUUCUGACAUCCCGUUUUCAAACCCUCGAAUCAGUAGCUGACAUUCGUACUACUUUUGCAAACCCUAAUACCUCUAAUCCGAAUAAAUACCAUAACUCGAAGAAGCAAAAUUUUCCAGACAAAAAGAAAGUAAAUAGUUACAAUACCAGUGUAUCUUCCGAAAAAACUAUUAAAUGUUCAAUCUGCUCUGACUCACAUCCCCUUAGGCUUUGUCCUUCAUUUCUCGCAAUGAAUGUUGAUGAACGUUAUGCGAUCGUUAAGAACCAAAAGAGAUGUUCCAAUUGCUUAGGAACUUCCCACGAAUGGAAAAAAUGUAGAAGUCAAUAUGUUUGCCAUUUGUGCAAGCGUAAACACCACUCUCUGCUUCAUCGUUCCGAGAAUACGAACCCCCAAGCAAGCACGCGAGCUGUAACUAGAAGCCAGAAUCCAAAUCCGAGUAAUACGCCCGUAAAUAAUCCCCCUAUAACGUCAAAUUUAAACGUAAACCCCUCCACUUCUGCUGCAGCAGCAGCACAAAUCCGACAAACAUAUUCUACGCAAAUACAGUCCACUUCAAAUUCCACUGUUUUACUCGGCACCGCUCUUGUAGACAUUUAUUCCAAUGAUCUGAAAUAUACAGUUCGUGCUUUAAUCGAUUCUGCUUCGGAAGCAACUUUUAUUUCUAAAAAACUUCAAAAUCGACUUCUCUUGAAAACCCGAUCAUCUCAAACGGAAGUGCAUGGCCUAAAUGGAGCCUUAACUGCCACAUCGACUCAAUUAUGCUACAUUCGCAUCGGCUCACCUAUAGAUGACACAUUUGAAACCUUCACAGAUGCUUUCGUAGUUAAGAAGCUCACUGGACAACUCCCCUAUUUCCCCUCAUUAGCGUUAAACGAUAGUGAAUUUUCUGAUUUGAGAAGAGCUGAUCCACAUAUUCCUAACUUCUCUGAGAUUGAAUUACUUCUUGGUGGAGACAUUUACCCGAAAAUCAUACGAAAUGGCCUACGAUGGGAUAGUACUCAAUCUCUAGUUGCACAACAGACGGUCUUCGGGUGGAUUAUAACUGGUAGAAUUUCAAAUCAGACUAACAUAUCUAUGGUCUCAUCAUUUUACAACGAAAUAGCACUAAAUCAUCAACUUCAGAAGUUUUGGGAAAUCGAAGAAGUCCCGAAGAGACCGCGACUUUCAGCCGAAGAUGCCUACUGCGAAAAUAUAUACCAGUCAACAACAUAUCGCAAUAGUAGUGGUAGAUUUGUAGUCUCGUUGCCUUUCCGACAGGAAUACCCUGAUGAUAUUAAUAUUGGUCCAUCUCGUCAUAUUGCUCUAUCUCAGUUUCUCCGAAAUGAGUUUAGACUCAUGAAAAACCCCCCGCUCAAGUCAGAAUAUGAUCGAGUAAUUUCUGAAUACUCAACGCUCGGACAAAUGACAAUGGUCAGUCCAUCUAAUUCCAAUUCCACAUACUAUUUGCCCCACCAUGCAGUGCUAAAACCCGAUAGUACUACCACAAAGUUGCGGGUAGUAUUCAAUGCGUCAAGUCCUUCGUCCAACGGAAAUAGUCUCAACGACUUACUUUACCCCGGUCCUAUUCUCCAAGCAGAUUUGACCAUUCUCAUUCUACGUUGGAGACUAUUUCGGUAUGUUUACAAUUCGGAUAUUGAAAAGAUGUAUCGCCAGAUACUUGUAAAUCCUUCCCACACCCCGUUCCAACGAAUCAUUUUCCGAAAUUCCCCUCAAGAUGAACCACAAGACUUUGAGCUAAACACUGUAACCUUUGGAGUUAACUGCGCCCCAUAUUUGGCCAUUCGUACACUGCUUGAGUUAGCCAAAUCUUGUGAACAAUCAAACCCUGCAGUUUCCAACAUCCUACGCAACUAUAUGUACGUUGACGAUGUGUUAGCCCGCGCUCAUACCCUUUCAACAGCCUUAAAAGAUCGAGAUGAACUAAUCGAUGUUCUUCAAUCCGCUGGUUUUUCCCUUCGUAAAUGGACUGCGAAUCACGACUAUCUACUAAAAGGUCUUUCUCCAGAUCAUCUUUUAGAUACAGAGUUCCUGAAAUUGUCAGACUCUUGUAAAACUAAGACUUUAGGUUUACGUUGGAACGCCGGAACUGAUAAAUUUUACUUUCAACUCAAGAAUAACCCCGAUCGAAACUCAGUAACCAAGAGAUCAGUUUUAUCAGAAGUUGCCAAGCUCUUUGACCCCGCCGGUUGGUUUUCCCCCAAAAUAAUCGUAGCAAAAAUCAUCAUGCAACAGAUCUGGAAAGAUGAAACAAACUGGGAUGAGGAACUUAAACCAUCAACUCUGCAACAAUGGCAUGAUUUCCUAGACGAUUAUGUAAAUAUCGGUAAUAUCCAAAUCCCCCGAUUCGUUGAUUUUGACCCGUCAUACUCCACCGAGUUACAUGGUUUUUGCGAUGCUUCAGAGAAAGCAUAUGCCGCUACAUUGUAUUUGCGCGCUGAAAACUUUGGUUAUGUCUCUUCUCAUCUGCUAGUCGCCAAAACGAAAGUGGCCCCAGUCAAGUUUGUUUCACUACCCCGAAAAGAGCUAUGUGGCGCGGAAUUAAUGGCUACAAUGAUUGAAUCUAUUCAAUCUCAGCUUGAUCUAAAAAACCUUAAAUUAUUUCUCUGGACCGAUUCAACGAUAGUCUUGGCAUGGUUACAGAAACCCCCGAAUAGAUGGAAAACCUUUGUGGAAAACAGAGUUUCAUCCAUAAUUGAAAAAGUAGGAAGUCAAUCGUGGUCUCAUGUUGACUCCAAAAAUAACCCCGCCGAUCUGGCAACCCGUGGUCUCACAGUAUCCCAGCUUGCUUCGAAUGAUUUAUGGUGGCAUGGACCGUCGUGGCUGAGAUGUCCGAGAAAUCAAUGGCCAACGAACUCAUCAAGUUUCACAACCGAAGAAGAGGCGAAACCCAUUCAGGUCCACUUAAAUCUGAUUGAAAAUACCGAUAUUCUUAACUAUUUUUCAGACUUAACAAAGGCUAUGCGCGUUAUAUGUCGAAUAUUUCGUUUCUAUUACAGGUGUAAUAGUAAUCAACGCCAUAAGCUAGCCACUACAGAUGAAUUAACCCGAGCUGAACUGGAAAACGCUAAAACUCGAAUGAUCAUUGCAAGCCAAAGAUUAUACUUCGAAAAUGAAUAUAAUCUAUUAUCACAAAGUCAAGAAAUUCCCCGUAAAAGUAGCCUUUUAACCUUCAAUCCAUUCUUAGAUUCCACAGGCAUCAUGAGAAUCAAUGGUCGACUGGCUAACUCCCCUUCACUAAACUACGAUGAACGAUAUCCCAUAUUAUUGCCAUACCACGCUCGGUACACUCGGUUAUUCUUAUCAUAUUUGCACAAAUAUUCGCUCCAUGGCCAGAAUGCUCUGUUGUACAGACUCAUGCGCCUAUAUUAUUACGUGCCCAAGCUUAAAACUCUGAUCAAAACUAUCAUAUCCCAAUGUCGUACGUGUGUAAUCCAGAAACGUCAAAAAAGUCAACAAAUUAUGGCAGCUUUACCCCCAGAAAGGACCACACUUUCGCGUCCUUUCACUAAUACCGGUGUCGACUUCGCUGGACCGUUCGAUAUCAAAACAUAUGCAGGCAGAGGUUGUAAGGUAACAAAAGGUUACGUACUGGUUUUCGUCUGUUUCGCGACAAAGGCCAUACAUCUAGAAGCAACCAGUGACAUAUCAACUCAAGCCUUUCUAGCUGCGUUUGCACGUUUCUUUUCCCGCCGUGGUUGUCCAAAUUCCUUAUAUUCAGAUAAUGGCACUGCCUUUGUUGGAGCUUCUAACAUACUGGACGUAGAUAAAACCCAAUUUGUGACACUUGUGCGACGAAAACUGCUCGAAUUACAUGAUUUUACCCCCCUUCAAUGGCAUUUUAUACCCCCAGGCGCACCUCAUAUGGGAGGUCUCUGGGAAGCCGGAGUUAAGAGCUUCAAAAUGCAUUUAAAACGAGUAUCUCAUAGUCAGAAUUUUACUUUUGAGGAGUUCUCCACUUUGCUUGCUCGUAUAGAAUCCUGUUUAAACUCAAGACCACUCAGUCCUAGUAGUGAAAACCAUACAGAUCUAUGUGCGUUAACCCCCGGACAUUUCCUCAUCGGUAGUCCUUUAUUAUCACCCCCAGAACCUAAUCUAACAGAUCACUCUUUGAGUUAUGUUAGUCGUUGGCAAAAACUAAAGGUUCUUCAUCAUCACUUUGCGCAAAGGUGGAAAGAGGAAUACCUCAAAGAACUUCACAAACGUUUUAAGUGGAAAUACCCCCAGCGUGAUUACGCUAUCGGCGAUUUAGUCGUCAUAAGACAAGAUAAUUUACCCCCCAAUCAAUGGCGACUUGGUCGCAUUGAAAAUGUUGUUCGCGGUUCAGAUAACCGUGUUAGAGUCGCUGAAGUACGAACUGCCAAUGGCAUCGUUACUAGGCCAACCGUCAAACUAAUUUUACUCCCCAAUCCCAAUGAACAACACUAA